AUGGCUAAGAGAACUAAGAAGGUCGGUAUCACAGGUAAGUACGGUGUCCGUUACGGUUCCUCCUUGAGAAGACAAGUCAAGAAGUUGGAAGUCCAACAACACGCCAGAUACGACUGCUCUUUCUGCGGUAAGAAGGCCGUUAAGAGAGGUGCUGCUGGUAUCUGGACCUGUGCUUCCUGUAGAAGACCGUUGCUGGUGGUGCUUACACUGUCUCCACCGCUGCUGCCGCUACUGUCAGAUCUACCAUCAGAAGAUUGA